AUAGUAUAUUCUUCAUUAUUUACGAAAAUUAUUUAUGAAAAAAGGUAUGGAAACGGAUUUUUCCAAUGUAUAAAAUAAAAAUCCCAAUGGCUUUUGCGACUAACCUUCACAACCACAUUUUUUAUUUUAUUAUUUAGUUAUUUGACUACCAAACAAAAAUAAGAAAGACAAAACAAAGUUUCAAUUUCUAUGUAUCGAUAAAGAGAGUUAAUAAAAAAAAUAGAACUCGAUAAAUAAAUAGUGGGAUUCCUUCGUUUCUAUGGUUUCUUCUGAAACGGUGAGGUCUUUUCUAUACACCAGAGCCCUUCACUAAAUUGAAUAAACUUUAUUUAUGGUGAACUUGUAUAGUUUACAUUAUUGAGGCUCUGCCCAUUCAUUAUUCAAUAAAGUAAUAGAUCUUUCACAACUCGAUCUACUUAUAAAGUAACGGUAUUUAAGUAGGAAAGUUAGCUAAGUUAGCUUACCUUUUUAGUCCGUUCUUGCAAGAUUGGGUCCUCAUGUUUUUUAGGAUUUUCUCCGCUUAAUGGAUAACCUUUUGCUACCAAAGGAGAAUUGCUUCUCUAAUGAAAUUAAGGUAAUUGGAUUUGCACCAAUGGAAACCAUAAACUUUGUACCCAAAAUAGGAAUUGAUGUAGUUUAUGAAAGAAGGAAUGAAGUUCCUUCAUCCAUAUAUAUCCCUUUAUACUGGCGAAUUACUUUUCAUUUUUGGGCAUCAACUUAUAAUAUAAACGAGUCGCGCAUACACCCUAGUACAUGUUCCUCGACGCUGAGGACAUCCCCGAAGAGCGGGAGAUUUCGUGAUAUUUCUUAUUGGCUGUCUUUUAUUUCUAAUAAGUUGUUUAAUAGUUGGCAUCUUUAAUCUAUUAUAUUAUAUAAUGGGCUGGUUUAGAUUAAUCCGAACCGACUUAUGUUGAAUUUGUUUUAUUUCCAUUGAAGAAAAUAUCUAAUCACCCAGAAGAUUCAAUACAACAGCAGACUUUUUAGUUUUAGUGAAAUCCAUAUUGAAUGAAAAACUCUAUAGGACUAACCCUGAGCCCCAGGAGAAACCCCUACAGCAUCAACAAGCCCAUAAGAUUUAGCUUCUGUUGGUGAUAAAAAAACGUCUCUUUCCAUGUCUUGGAUUAUUACCCGCUUAGGUUGGCCGGUUCUUUGCGCAUAAACCUCGACGAGGCUUUCGCGCAUUUUCAACAACUCUCCCGCUUCUGAGACCGCUUCAACCGUUUGAUUCUCAAAAAAAAGAACUAACAGGUUGAUGGAUCAUUACCCUGAUAAUAUAUAAUAUAAAAAAGAUAAUAUAUUAAUUAAUCUAGAUUAACAUAGAAUAUAAAUAGAAUGUAACAUAUAUAAUAUAAAUAGAAUGUAAAAGAAGUUACUUCACGUCGUAAAAAAAAAUAAAUGCAAUAAAAUAGAACAACCGUUCAAGCAUCUUUUUUUUUGCAUACGGCUAAUAAUAUGGUCCUCCUUCUCUGCUUCUAAAAUAAAUAGUCAAAUAGAACUAUCAUAAUCAUAAUGAGGGAUAAGUAAGUAUAACUAAAUGAUCAAAUUGCCAUCCUUUCUUUUAGACAAGUUUAAAAUUAUUAUGAUGGCCCCGUUGCUUUCUCUAUAAAUAUCUAUAAUCUAUAUAUCUAGAUUGUCUUUUCUUUAUUGUCUUCAG